UAAUUUUUAGUCUUAGAGAUCCUUAUCUCUAUACUGCAAUUUGCAUUAGAUAUUAGAAAAAAACAUGAAGAUUUGGACAUCAGAACACACAUUCAACCAUCCAUGGGAAACAGUUGCUCAAGCAGCAUGGCGAAAAUAUCCUAAUCCUAUGAAUCCAGCCGUCAUAGGGACAGAUGUUGUGGAAAGAAAAGUUGUAGAUGGUGUACUUCAUACUCAUAGAUUAGUCAGUUCCAAAUGGUUUUUUCCACGAUGGGCCCAGGCGCUAAUUGGUACUGCAAAAAUAUGUUAUGCUAGUGAGAUAUCAGAAGUAAACCCAAUACAGCGACAGAUGACUUUAAAAACAACAAACCUAACAUUCUGUCAUUACAUUGCUGUUGAUGAAACUGUACGGUAUACUCCACAUCCUUCAGAUUCCUCAAAAACAUUACUAAAACAAGAAGCUGUAGUCACUGUACAAGGUGUGCCUCUCAGUAGUUACAUGGAAGACCUUUUAACCAACAAAAUUUCUCUAAAUGCUGGCAAAGGAAGGCAAGCUAUAGAAUGGGUUAUAGGGAAGUUCGACACUGAAAUUAAGGAGCUUGCAAGUUCAGCCUGUAAAAGUACAGAUGAAUUAUUAUCACAAACAAAGAAGUCAAUUGAUGACAUCACAACAUCAGCAAGAAGAUCAAUGGAUGAUAUCUCAUCUAAAGCAAAAAGCACACUUGAUGAUAUAGAAAAAUUAACUAAAGCUAAUGCCAACCAGAGGAGCUGAAAAGAGGAGUAAUAUGCAUGCCUCUGCAAUACAUAUAUCGAAAACGGACUGCACUAAUGACCUGCCAUGUUCAUUUGUGUCCUAGUUUAUUCAUCAUUGACAUGAUUUAUUUAAUAACAAUAAAUGUAGUAGCAUAAUUUAGUGUCCUUAGUCUUUUUCUUUAAUCAAGCAAGGGAUUCAUGGAUGAAACCAAUCCCAUUUUUCAAUGGUUCAUGGUUCCAUGGUUCCAAUCUUAAAGCAUUAUGGCUGUAUAGGCUUAAUCAACUAUUUAUGAUAAUUACAAAUAAAGAGGCAUUGCUCUCUUAUGUAUAAUAAUGUAAAUUAAUGCCUCAACAUAAUAAUUUGAUAAAUGUGAAUUAGAUAAUUAUUGUGUACUCUGUUGUGGAAAUAUCUAGCACAAAGGUUGGCAAAUAAUUUCAAGCGCGGUCAAUGUAGCUACAAAUGAUUCAGUGACUGAGUCCAAAAUAAAAAUUGUAUGGCCAAAAAGAAAUACGAUGAAUAAAAACUGUAUAGCAA